UUUCCAUUUUUGUAGGCGGAGCUCCAGCUGUGUCGUCACGGGCGAGGGGGCGUGGCUUUGAACUCGCGCCUGUCGCCUCCCGCUCAGCCCGCGGCAGUUGGCGAGGAAGCGAGUGGCGGUUAUUUUGAUUCCGGCGGGAUGUCGGAGGCGCCGACUGUGACUUCUUCCGCGGCCAGGAGCGCUCCCGGCCGAGCCACGCCACCCUCGGAGCAGCUGGCAGAGCCGCCUCGCGGGCUCCUGGAGAUGGUGGAGAUGCAGCUGGGAGACGUGAGUCUUCUUCCUCCCUUCGGGGUUUUGUUCUGCUGGGCCUCCCUUCAAGGCCGUUGGGAUUCUCCUAUCACACACUAUAUGGGGUUGCUGCACGGAAGGGCACAAGUCUUUGCCCUUCCUCGUCUCUGCACGUGUGAGUGGCCCAGCAGCAUCGGGGUGUGUGUGCAAUCCUAUAUAUUUCUUAUUACACCCCCCCCCACACUUCUUGUUGCUGGGGGGGCUAUUGGGUUGUUGUUUUUGUUUUUAUUAGGUGUUUUGUGUUUUUAAAUCUUGAUUUUAUUCUGUGAACCGUCCUGAUACACCCCCCCGGUAUAUAAAUUCAAUUAAUAAUAAUAAUAAUAAUGAAAGAAAUAAUAAAAUGGCUUAUGAAGGGGGAGGGAAACGCGAUCAGAUAUAAAAAUCCUGCAUAGAUAAAAAGAGUGCAGAAGCACUAAAAUGGCAAAACUCCAUCAUCAUUAUCAUCAUUGGAGGUAACAAUUCAACAUAGCAUUAUUUUUUAAAGCAUCGUUUCGGAGGGAGGGGGGGCUCUCUCCUAAUAAACAUCCCUGGGACCUCACUGCAGAGAAACCAAACCUGGUUGAUCAGUAUAUAAGUAUUAGCAGUUGCCUCCACCUCAUGGAGAAGAGCUCUGCACAGAAUGGGUUUAUCUCCAGCUUCAGUAAGCAAAGAGUGAAAUGAACUUGCUAGAGAUGUUGCCAUUUUUUAAAUGUCUGGCAUGAGAUGGGUGGUAAAGUGAUUGUGGACUACUUGACUAUUGUGUACGGAGUUGCGGUUCCUCUAAAGGAGCAGGUGCUCCUUUAGGUUGGGGCUACUCCUGGAAAUAUAGCUGCCACUAGAGGCUCAAGCAACCUCUGUGGCUUUGGGAUGUCACCGACAGCUGCAUCUGAAUUGGGAUCACUUGACCACUGUAGUCCAUGCACACUGGUAACCACGAGACUGGAUUACUACAAUGUGCUCUACAUGAGUUUGGUCCAGAAACUCCAGUUGGUGCAGAAUGUAACAUUUAGACUGCUGAUGGGAGCAGAUGGGUGACAGCAUGUGACACUUGUGUCAAAACAUCUGCUCUGGCUGCCCAUAUGCUACUGGGCCAGGUUCAUGGCUGUUGUGUUGAUUUACAAAGCCUGAACAACAUGGGUCUAGGUCUAGGACAUUUUAAGAGCUAUCUGAAUCCUUAUACCCCAGCUUGAUCACAGACCAUCCAACUCAACUAGAGGUUAGGCAUUUACUGUUGAUAGUUCCAUGCUCUGGAAAACUCAUCCAUCAGAGGUUUGGCAGACAUCCAUACUUGCUUUUGACUUUUCAGGUGUACUUACAUGUCUUUGCCAGUCAUUUUUGAUAAACUAUAUUGUUUUGAUGAUGAUUUAUGUUUCAAUAUUGUAUACCAUCCUGAUAUUUUAUGAUAUGUUGGUAUAGAAAUACUUUUAUAAAUAAAAGAAUACAACAGAUGAAUUAACUAACUGAAGCUUUUCAAGUUCUCGCAGUUUUAAUCAGUUGGGCAUAUUUCUUUAGAUUUUAAGGCUAUUUGUUUUCUUAUUUAUUGUAAUAAUAGGGAUUAAGCAAAGAAAAAAUAAAGAGGGCCUUUCUUCCAAUGGAAAGAGGGCCUUUCCUCCACCAUCAAAUACGUGUCCUUGGAAGGAAGGUUGCUAUUAGAUAUGGUAGCUAGAAAAUGACAUUUUAAUGGACUGAAUUUUAUCUUGGACAAAAAGUAAACUCUAAUAAUAAUUGCUGCGGAAACUGUAAAUUUCUUUUUAUUGCAGGCAGCAUUUUCACUCACCAAGCUUUUGGAGGCCACGUCUGCAGUGUCAGCCCAGGUAGAAGAACUUGAAACCAAAUGUACUGAACACGCUAGAUUUCUUAAAACAUGGCGGAGUCUUCUAAAAGAAGGAUACAAUUCCCUGAAACCCACUGAGUGAUUUGAACACCCAUACAAUGUUGCUGUUUUAACUGUUUAAGGAAACCAAAGGCAAGACUGGCCAACAGCACAUAACACUUUUUACUACCUUCAUAUGGAGAGAUAGAACUACUUCAACAAGCCUUCAUUUUAAAUCUGCCAAGAAAAAACAGAACGGUGGUUUUUAACUUCAUACUACAAACAAAGCAGCUCCCUCAAAUACCUUGAAGCAUGCUCACCAUACUGGAUAAUUUGUUCCUAGGGAACGACUGAAGGAGUAUGUGCUGUAAAAAUAUUUUUCUUAAAGGUCUGGAGAUCAGACUGAAAUAGUGUUUAAGAGUUUCAUUUGACUGUUACUUGGAAUUUUACUAGUUGUGGAUGACUGUAGCACCCAUAGAAUUCAUUGUAUAAGGUCUAUGGACUGUUAGGCUAAAAUAUUUAAUUGUAUGGAAAACAGCUGUGUUUAAUCCUCUUAAACUAACAUCCAACACUUUGUGCCCUAAAGAGGUGUGACUAUGGCUGUCUGGAAACUGGUUGCUGUUUUACUUAGUCUCUUGACUGCUUCAAUAUAUUCUUAAGAAGUUUUUAAAUCAUAUUUUUCUAUCUUGAACAUGUGAUCAGAGUAUGUUUUGACAAAAUAAACUGAGUAUAGAGCCUUAUGCAUGAUAGAUCAUAGAAUUUUAUCUCUUGCUAAAAGAUGCAAGUUCUCUUAUUUAUUGUGCAGUUCUAAUCACAUAUAGGGUGCAGAUAUAUAUGACAGUGUGUAAUCUUUUACCAGCAUAUCAUAAAUCUGAUACUUUGAAUAUAAACUGAGGAAACAAUGUUAUUUGUAAACAAGGACUGUAUGCAAAUUAAGUUAGUUGCAUUAAGCCCCAUUGAAAGCAAUAUGAUUUCAUUAGUACUUUGUACCUAUUGAAAUCACUGGGUAAAUGCAGGUAACAUUCUGGAUCCAACCCAAUUACCUGCCUUUUGUUUUCAUCCUGGAAACAGCAUUUAAGUAAGUUAAAUAACAGGAAAACAAAUAAUUACGUUUCCAAAUAAAUUUAGUGUAUCUAAGUGUUGCUGUAUUAAUAAAGUAUUUUGGUAUAAGU